AUGGAUUUGGUGGAUGCUUUGAAGGAAGAGCCGUGGUAUCGUGGCCAGGUGGUUCAUGUGAAUCAGACCGGUGCACGAAAAGCUAUCUUUUUGGAACCCAAGGUGGCUCUUCAGCCUGUUCUCAAAGAGGUCUUGAACCGGUCCCUGUUGAGCGGCUCUUCAAGCUCUUCAGCAUCACAGAGUGGCGUUUUGAAACUCUACAGCCAUCAAGCUGAAGCCAUUGAUGCCAUUCUGUUGGAACGGCGGGAUGUGAUUGUGAGCACUUCCACUGGCAGUGGCAAGUCGUUGAUUUAUAUGAUCGCCAUUUUUGAAGCGCUACUCAAAGAAGAAGAUGCCACGGCCAUUCUGAUCUUUCCCACAAAGGCCUUGGCACAGGACCAACUAAGAGCCUUGACAGAUGUCGCAGAUGCUUUGAUCCAACUGGGGGUGCCAAAAGAGAAGCUGACCUUCGCCACAUUGGAUGGAGACACACCGCAAAAGGAACGACAGAAGAUCCGAAGAGAGACACGGGUCGUUUUGACGAAUCCAGACAUGCUACACAGCCACGUGUUGCUGCAGCAUGUGGAGUACGCCCAUUUGCUGCACAACGCUCGCUAUGUCGUCUUGGACGAGGCCCACGUGUAUCGGGGAGCUUUUGGCGCUCAUGUUUGCAGCGUCAUGCGAAGGCUCAGGCGCCUGGUGGAACCGAAGUCCUUGCAAUUUAUUGCCUGCUCAGCAACAGUUGCUAAUCCUGGAGAGCACCUUCAACGUCUCCUUGGGCAAGAGCCGCAAGUGGUCUCCAAGGAUGGUUCACCCAGUGGCGGGCACAUCUACGUCAUGUGGGACCCGUUUUGUGGUGAGUUGAAAGGUUGUGUUGUGAAGGGUUAUCGAGGAAUCAUGCAGGAGAUGCUUACUUCAGCCCCGCAGCUUGCAGCGUCGCCAAUCGUGGAAGUGACACGGCUGCUAGCUUGGCUCGUUUCCCGCAACGUGUCAUGCUUGGCAUUUUGCAAGUGGCGCAGUUUGGUGGAGAUUGUGCUUCAAGACGUGAAGGACGCCCUGAGCCAAAGCGAGGCGCCCGAGUUGAGCAAGCGAGUGGUCUCAUAUCGUGGAGGGUACCCACCACACCUCCGGCGUCAACUGGAGCAAGACAUUUUCCGCCGGAAAGUCUUGGGUGUAGCUUGCACAAAUGCUUUAGAGCUUGGCAUUGACAUUGGCAGGCUGGACUGUACCCUGUCCUUCGGCUUCCCGGGCUCGGUGGCCUCCUUGCGGCAGCAGUUCGGCCGUGCUGGGCGCAACGGGCGCUUGGGCAUCUCCUUCUACGUGGCCUUUGAAGACCCUACAGACCAGCAUUUCGUGCGAAGACCACGUGAGUUGUUGGCCCGGCGACCUGAAGCCGUGGCCGUGUGGCCAUCCAACGCCGCAGUUCUCCAAGCACAACUGCCUUGUGCAGCGGCUGAGCGACCUUUGGAGGAGGCUGACCAAAGGUAUUGGGAGUCUUUGGAUGAUGCGGGUCGUGAUCCUUGGAAGACCGCCGUGCAGAAAUGUCUCACCAAUGGCACUUUGGAGCUCAGUCAGCAGCAACUGGUGCCUGGGCGGCAAUGCAACGCACGUCCUGGUGGUCCACAUCGUGCAGUGAGCAUCCGAGCUGUGGAGAACCACUUCGAAGUGCUGGAAGAAGUCGAAGCUGGCGGCGGCUUCGAAGAUGGCGGGUUUCUAUCGCAGCCCAGGCAUGAAGGGCGCACUUUUCGCAAAUUGGACGAGAUUGAAGUCUCCAAGGCCUUCUAUUACCUGCAUCCCGGCGCCGUAUACCGCUACAGGGGCAAUGAAUAUUUUGUUUUGGAGCUCGAUGUUGUGAGGCGCAAGGCCACUGUGAAGAAAAGCGAGGUACCUCUUGCAUAUUACACAAGGGCUUUUGAUUCCACGCAGGUGCGAAUUUUGACCCGUGAAAAAGAGGCCAUGUCAGGGAAGGCCAAGAUUUAUUGUGGGGAGAUGGAAUUGGAGAGCCGUGUGAAGAGUUUCAAGAGGUUCUGGAAGUCCCGGGACGUGCCACAGGAAGCGGAAGUUGAGGUGAGUUUACCCAGCUGGGGGUACACUUCUCGUGGUUUGUGGUUCGAAGAUCCGCUGGGUGUGGCAAGGAGGCCGGGGCUCUUGGCUCCAAAGCAGCAAGAAGAAUGGACCUGGGGUGGUGGCUGGGCUGGCGCACACGCUGCCAUGCAUGCUCUUCUUCGCGUGGUGCCCUUGUUUGUAUUGGCUGAUCGGCAGGACUUAGAUGCAGCAUGCGUUGAUGAGCAUGGCUUGCCGCCAAUGGACCAUCCGAGACUCAUGAUUUUUGAUGCCAAAGAUGGUGGCCUGGGCUUGUGCGAUGCCGCUUUUCUACAUGGUUUCGCGUUGUUGCGUGAGGCUAGACGUUUGGUGGAAGAUUGCCCUUGUGAGGAUGACCGUGGAUGCGUGAAUUGCAUUAUCGAUGCACAUUGCCGAGAAUACAAUCGGCUCUUGUCGAAACGUGGAGCCUUAGAAUGGCUCCGAAGCUUAGAGUUUGGAGAGGCCACCGGAAGUACCGAAGAAAAAGCAACACCGAACAUGGAAAAGCUUCACGCCUUAGAUUGUUUGGCAUGUGUGCCAUGA